UCGAGGUGCAGCUUUCCUUCCCAGCUUUCCUUGCCGCAGAGCCCAACUUCCCAAGGAGGAGCUCACACGGAGGAAGGAGGGUUUGGCUCCAGAGCACAACGCAGGGAGGGGGAUGAAGUCCAAGGAGGGGACAUCCUCUCUCUGGUAGCACUGGGAGCGCCUGGAAGCAUUUGGCAGAUCUGGAAAUCACGAGCUGCCCGAGUCUCGGCAGCGCUUCGAGGGAGACAGAGCACCCCACACCUGCUGGGAGGACUGGGAAUCACCUCUGCUGGGAGCUGACCAUACUGGAAGGGUUUUGGAUAACUCCACCCGCCGCCGCCUCUCAGCUCCUCCUCCCAGUGAACAGCCCAGCUGGGAUAUAAGCAAGUCACUCAGACACCGGGAGCUGCCGCGACAGCUGGGCGGGUGGCGUGGGACAUCGCGCCGUGACCUGAGCCGUGCCCUUCGCCUCGACGCCGGACCCCAUGGCGACGCCUUCGCAGAAGAGGAGCACCCGCAGCGGGGCUUCGGGGACCCCCUUGUCCCCCACACGCAUCACCCGGCUGCAGGAGAAGGAGGACCUGCAGGAGCUCAAUGACCGCUUGGCCGUGUACAUCGACAAGGUGCGCUCGCUGGAGCUGGAGAACGCCGGCCUGCGGCUCCGCAUCACCGAGUCCGAGGAGGUGGUGAGCCGCGAGGUCUCGGGCAUCAAGGCUGCCUACGAGUCGGAGCUGGCGGAUGCCCGCAAGACCUUGGAUUCGGUGGCCAAGGAGAGAGCUCGGCUGCAGCUGGAGCUCAGUAAAGUGCGGGAGGAGCACAAGGAGCUGAAAGCCCGGAAUGCCAAGAAGGAAGGGGACCUGCUGACUGCCCAGGCACGCCUUAAGGAUGUGGAGGCUCUGCUUAAUUCCAAGGAGGCUGCUCUCUCCACGGCCCUGGGUGAGAAGAGGAAUCUGGAAAAUGAAGUGCGGGACCUGAGGGGACAGGUGGCCAAGCUGGAAAGUGCCUUGGGCGAAGCCAAGAAGCAGCUGCAGGAUGAGAUGCUGCGCCGCGUGGACGCUGAGAACCGGCUGCAGACCCUGAAGGAAGAGCUUGAAUUCCAGAAGAACAUCUACAGCGAGGAGCUGCGGGAGACCAAGCGGCGCCACGAAACCCGGCUGGUGGAGAUCGACAACGGGCGGCAGAGGGAGUUUGAGAGCAAGCUCUCUGAGGCCCUGCAGGAGCUGCGGAGCCAGCACGAAGCCCAGAUCAGGCUGUACAAGGAGGAACUGGAGAAAACCUACGGGGCGAAGCUGGAGAAUGCCAAGCAGUCAGCUGAGAGGAACAGCAACAUGGUGGGUGCUGCCCACGAGGAGCUGCAGCAGACCCGUAUCCGCAUUGACAACCUCUCCUCAGAAGUCAGCCAGCUGCAGAAGCAGCUGGCUGCCAAGGAGGCGAAGCUGCACGAUCUGGAGGAUAUUCUGGCCAGGGAACGCGAGACCAACCGGCGCCUGCUGUCCGACAAGGAGCGGGAGAUGGCCGAGAUGCGGGCGCGCAUGCAGCAGCAGCUGGAUGAGUACCAGGAGCUGCUGGACAUCAAGCUGGCUCUGGAUAUGGAGAUCAACGCCUACCGCAAGCUGCUGGAGGGCGAGGAGGAGCGGCUGAGGCUGUCCCCCAGCCCUUCAUCCCACAAAGGUGCAUCCCGAAGCCACCUGUCCACCCCAGGCUCCUCCAAGAAGCGGAAGCUGGAGGACAGUGAGAGCCGGACCAGCUUCUCCCACCACGCCCGGACCAGCGGCCGCGUUGGCGUGGAGGAGGUGGACUUGGAGGGCAAGUUCGUCCGUCUCAGGAACAAGUCCAACGAGGACCAGGCGAUGGGCAACUGGCAGAUCAAGAGGCAAAAUGGGGACGAGCCCCCCAUUACCUACCGCUUCCCCCCAAAGUUCACCCUGAAGGCUGGCCAGGUGGUCACGAUCUGGGCCUCGGGAGCUGGAGCAACCCACAGCCCCCCCAGUAAUUUGGUGUGGAAAACCCAGAGCAGCUGGGGCUCCGGGGACAGCCUGCGCACCGCCCUCAUCAACUCCAACGGGGAGGAGGUGGCCAUGCGGAAACUGGUCCGCACUGUGAUCAUCAAUGAUGAUGAGGAUGAGGACGACGAUGAAAUGAGCAUCCACCACCGCCACCACCAUGGCUGCAGUGGCUCCGGGGACCCCGGCGAAUACAACCUGCGCUCCCGCACCGUGGUCUGUGGCACGUGUGGCCAGCCGGCCGACAAGUCGGGCACGCAGAACGCCGGCAUCAACACCAUGUCCUCGGGCUCGUCCACCUCCAGCGUGACCGUCACCCGCAGCUACCGCAGCAUGGGCGACUCUGGCAUCGGCCUGGGGGACAGCCUGGUGUCCAGGAACUACCUCCUGGGGAACUCCAGCCCCCGCAGGCAGGCUCAGGCUGUGCAGAACUGCAGCAUCAUGUAAUUCCAUGGCGCAUUCCUGUGGUUCCUGCCCGUCUCCAGCUAGGUUUGUUUUUUUUUUUUCCCAAAGCAACAGAAUUUUUUUUUCCCUUAAAAAAAAACAAGAUAUCAAAAACCAAGGGUUUUUUUUUUUUUUUUUUUUUUUUUUUUGUUGUUUUCUAUAGCAGGAAUUUUAUAUAUAUAUAUAUAUAUUAAAAGUGCUAAAAGAUGCUUUGAUUUUUUUUUUUGUAAAGAAAAAAAAUCUAUUUCUAUAUAAAAAAAACCAAACCAAAAAUAGCUUUUCAGCUUCAAAUAUUUUUUAGAACUUCAGCCAAAGACAGCAAAGAACUGUGUUUACAGAGCAGCCCUGCAGAAGGAGCUUGUAGUUGAAAUGCUCCUUAGAUUGUACCUUUUUUGCCAAAGCUUUUUACAUAGGACAGGGAGAAGCGCAGCCAUACCCACUGGAACUGCGUGCCACAGGGGCUGCUCUCCUGUCUCAAGUGGAGCACAGUGCCUUUACAACCCUUUUUCUUGGGAUCUGAAGCCAAAAUUCCCCUUUUUCUGUCUUUUUUUUUUUUGUUUUUUUGGAUGGUGAUUCCUGGCGGUGCUGGCGCGGGGGCUCCUGGCAGCUCGCGGGCGAUGCCCACGUCUCUCUGUGGCCAUUGCCCCCCUCCCCAGCCCCCUGCCCGCUGCACUCCCGUGCUCUGUGUACUGUAUUCCCCAUAUUCCCCAUCCCAGGCACCUCUUGCCCUUUUCCUUAAUCAGCCGAGUUGUGCCUUAGCUGAGGUGGGGGCCGGGCUGGGAGCCCCACUGGACCCCAGCUGAGUGGAGAUGGAGUAGGGGAGGUGAAGACACCGGAGCUGCGUUUUGGGACCAGAUGGAUUUGACAGCUGGGGGGGGGGGGUGAUGGACCUCGGUUCCACAAGCUCAGCCCCAGUGGGGCCCCCCAGGCCCCCUCUUGGAGAGCCACUGCAUCCAGAGGGGUUCACCCCACUUUUCCUCAGUUAUUUGGGCUCGUCUCUGGUGGCCAGAGCUGUUUCAGGGAUUAAGAGAAAGUUGCUCGGUCCUGGUCAGAGUUGGUUUGCCAGGAAAGCACCUAGGGAGGCUUUUUGUUCGAGUGAGGUGGAUUUUGGGGUCUGAUAGGUGCAGCUUCCCCCUUGGCAAGGGUCCAUCCAGCCACUGGCAGAUCUCUUGCCUUUUUGCCUUGAUUGGGAAACGCCUGCAGCCCCGCCUGACCUCAGGUGCAGCAGAGGGGUGGGGCUGGAGAAGGUGCCAGGACAAGCCCCCCACUCCAGUGGGUUUUGGGGAGGUCGUGUAUGUAUCUAUGCUUGCAAAGCUUCUGUAUUACUGCCUGUAUUUUCCUUCCAGAGUCAAAAUACAGCUGAACCCUUCCCAUGC